AUGGCUAAUGCGCGCGUUGACUGGGGCGAGUUUGAGUAUGAUGGACAGAAUCUGUUGUUCUCUGGCCAUGCGCGGAUGCCGCCCGAGCAGCUCCCGAGUUUUCUGCUGACUGCCGACGGGGACGACAGACCGCAUGCAUGGUGGGUCGCACAGACCAAGCUGUAUGAGCUGCGGACGACAUCGAAUCCGAGUGUGCGGGAGAUGCGGGACAUGCUUGCCCAGGCAAUCAAGCAGAACCGACUCGCUGUCCCAGAGGUGUUGCGCGAGGCCGAACGCAAUGCGGGCGAGCUCAUGCGACUGUAUUCGCUGCGAGAGGCGUUCAAUCGGCGGCACAGAGAUGCCACGGCCCAUGCCACACCCGCUGUUUCCCCCACUACUCCGUCCCGCACGUCGUCCCCUCGUCCGACCCAGUCCUCUCCCGGUGCUAUGAGUCUGCACAACAUGGUUGCCCACCAGACACUCAUGUCCAUGCCACUCGCUGCCCCCGUGCCAGUCCCCGGUCCCACUCCCCAUGCCCUGCCCCUCUUCCCCCUCAUCCCCCACCGCGCACACGGCGGCAUCCCCGUUCCCGCACCCGGUCCCAACCCCCCUCCCCUCGUCCCCGCCUAUGCCCCCUAUGCAGCCUAUACCACCCGCCCUGCCCCCACUCCCCCCACACAGCACACCCUCCCCAUGGACGAAGACCCCGACCCAGGCUCCCCCACCGAGGUCGAUGAGCUCGCAGACGAGGACAAGGCUGCCGCAGCGACCACCACCGCCACCACAGCGACAGACCCCCAGCCAGACCGGCCCAAGAAACGGAGCCGCCCAACCCGAGCCCACCCGUCUUCCCCCCGUGUUUGCACAACCUGCGCCAGGACCGAUAGCCCCGAGUGGAGGCGUGGUCCUCACGGGCCCAAGACCCUCUGCAAUGCCUGUGGUUUGAAAUGGGCCAAGGCCAGUGGCGCAGGCAGACGCCGUGGCGGCCAGGCCAAUACUAAUGAGUGGCGGGGUGAGGCUUUCAGUUCAAAUGUUCAGUCCCCGGCCUCCCGACCUGGCACCGCCGAUCCCUUUCAAGGCCCCCCGCCAACCUCUGCCCCCCUUGCCUCUUCCACUAGUCUCCCUGUAUCCACCAACCUCCCGUCCUCGCUCGCCCCGCCUCCCUCCUCCAGCCUUCCAUCCUCGCUCGUAGGAUCUAGCGCGCCUGUGAUAGCCGUUCCCCCCAACCCACGCUCCCCCGUCGGUUCCCACAGUCCAGAUGUCAAGGUUGAGACCGACGCCCCUAGCGGUCUCAUGGAUCUAGCCACCGUGGCCGCCCUUGAAUCGGGCCGCACCGACGAACCCCAGUCUCAGAGCUUGAAACGUCCCCGCGCAGACUCUAGCUACAACGGUCUCGGCCGAUACGAUCGACCCCCUUCCAGUCGCACUCCCUCCAGCACCAGAGGCUACCCCGAGCCAUACACCCCCGCGUACCCGGACAAGCCCUACUCCGAGUCGGCCACUCGCCCGUAUUCUGAUUCAUCCCGCACCUAUUCGUCCAGCGGGAGUGAGGGUGCAGGCGGAGUUCGCCCGAUUAAUGUCAUUCCGAUUGGGAGCUAUCGUGAUUAG